CUUAAGUCAGCUGCUCUUUAGCUCUGCUGAAUUGAGUUCACAUGAUCAGCUGAUAGGUCCCAUUGCAUUUACAAUCAACUUCAGCAGCAGCAGCAGCAGCCUUCAUCGCCUCUCUCUCUCUCUCUCUCUCUCUCUCUCUCUCUCCAUCUCUCUCUCUCCCUCUGUAACGUAUCUCCUCAAAGGUCCCCUGUCUUCCUUCACACUGCUUCUGCUGUACUUCCUUGGUCUCUUUUCAUCCUGUCUUACAAGGUCUAUCUGUGAAACUGUGCAGUGUUCUGUGUUCUUCACUUUAAGGACCUACAGAACAACUCAUGACUUCAGAAAAGGAGAGCAAUGGGAUGGACAACUAUUCGUUUCCUGUUGACGGUGUGGUAAAUCGUUUCUGUGCGCUGCCUGAGGAACAGGAUGCAGAUUCAACAGAAGAAGACAGCAGGAAUAAACUGGCUUAUUGUGUAACAGAUGUACCACCAUGGUACCUGUGCAUUAUCCUGGGCAUUCAGCACUUCCUGACUGCGUUUGGUGGAAUCAUUGCCAUCCCGCUGAUCCUGUCUCAAGGACUGUGUCUACAGCAUGAUGGACUCACUCAGAGUCACCUGAUCAGCACCAUCUUCUUUGUUUCAGGGUUGUGCACCUUGUUGCAGGUCACUCUGGGUGUCAGGUUGCCUAUUCUUCAAGGUGGAACAUUUACUCUUCUUGCACCAUCAAUGGCCUUGCUUUCCAUGCCAGAAUGGACCUGUCCAGCAUGGACACAGAAUGCCACCCUGGUCAACACAUCUUCCCCUGAGUUCAUCCAUGUCUGGCAGAGUCGCAUGCAGGUGCUUCAGGGUUCCAUCAUGGUGGGCUCCCUGUUCCAGGUACUGGUGGGAUUCUCUGGCCUCAUUGGUCUCUUCAUGCAUUUUAUCGGCCCUCUGACCAUCGCACCAACCAUCUCCCUUAUUGGCCUGUCUCUGUUCGACUCUGCUGGAAUGAAUGCAGGAAACCACUGGGGAAUUUCAGCCAUGACGACAUGCCUGAUUGUACUGUUCUCACAGUAUCUCCGUCACAUUGCAAUACCUGUACCCACAUACAGCAAGGCCAAGAAAUUCCACACAUCCAGGAUGUAUAUCUUCCAGAUCCUUCCUGUGCUCCUGGGAAUUACGGUCUCCUGGCUCAUCUGCUAUCUUUUCACUAUUUAUGAUGUCCUGCCCUCUGACUCUGACCAAUAUGGCUACCUAGCUCGCACUGACAUUAAAGGGGAUGUGAUUGGAGGUGCACCCUGGUUUAGGUUUCCAUAUCCAGGGCAGUGGGGCAUGCCUACUGUGAGCUUGGCAGGUGUGCUGGGUAUCCUGGCCGGGGUCAUAUCCUCAAUGAUAGAGUCAGUGGGUGAUUACCAUGCCUGUGCUAGGUUAUCUGGUGCUCCACCUCCACCCAAGCAUGCCAUCAACAGGGGGAUUGGCAUUGAGGGCAUAGGCUGUCUUCUGGCAGGGGCCUGGGGAACGGGCAACGGGACCACCUCCUACAGUGAGAAUGUAGGGGCGCUAGGAAUAACUAAGGUUGGCAGCCGAAUGGUGAUUGUUGGCAGUGGCGUCAUCAUGAUCAUUAUGGGAGUGUUUGGAAAAAUUGGAGCAAUUUUUACCACCAUCCCAACACCUGUUAUUGGUGGAAUGUUCCUAGUGAUGUUUGGGGUCAUAUCUGCAGCUGGAGUCUCCAAUCUACAGUAUGCAGAUAUGAACUCAUCUCGUAACAUCUUCAUCUUCGGCUUCUCGAUGUUUACUGGACUUGCCAUCCCAAACUGGAUAAUGAAAAACCCAGCUGUCAUUGCAACAGGUAUUGUUGAGCUGGAUCAGGUUCUUCAGGUUCUUCUGACAACCAGCAUGUUUGUGGGAGGGUUCUUUGGAUUCAUGCUUGAUAACACCAUCCCCGGGACAAAACGUGAGCGAGGCAUAAUUGCGUGGAACAGAGCCCACGAAGAUGCUUCUGACAGCACACAGGAGAGUGAUGAGGUUUAUGGGCUUCCCUGUGGCAUCACCUCACAUCUCUCCUCCUGUUUGUGGAUCAAAUAUGUGCCUUUCUGCCCAUCACAUAAAACCAGGCCACAAAAUAUCACCGCCAGCAGCUCGAGCUCACUGGAGAAGAAGGAGCCUAGCAAAAAUGACACACACAUCAUAGUAGCAGUGGCACUAUAAUCAUACAGGAGGACAACAUCUGUUGUGGUCAAUGCAGUUUGGGCUGGAACCCUCCACUUCACAUAAUACCUACUGUAAUCUACCCGUGCUGUGAAGACUGAGAAAAAACAAAACAAAACUAAACUAAAUGCUCUGAACUCUCUAAAGACCAGAGGCAGCUGUAUGGGGGUUCCACGUGUCUUUUAUGGACCCAUUGUUUUCUGAUAUUUCUUUUAUAACAAAAUAUGGUAUGAAUGUAAAUUGAAGAUAUGAAUGUGUAGUUGAAGUAUGUGUGUGUAUGUAUGUAAGUAUAUAUUCCUUUUUAUUUCCUACAUGUUUUGCAUUUGUGGCACUUAAAUAAAGGAAAACAUGUCUAUGUA